CCCCUUUUCUGCCUACCCCUGGAUGUCGCGGGGAGCAUGGGGAGAAGAUGCCUGGAAACAGCUGAUCGUCGCUGCAGACUGCUGGAUCCUGGCUCAGUGAUGUUGCAGACAGCAGAUUGUGUGCAGUAUCCAGCAGAACUCUUGUGUGAGGCAGCAAACAUGGCCUUCAUGAUGACCAGGAGCAUGCGUAUCAACACUGAAAAUAUGGAAGAUGCUUUAGCUGCAAAGAAGGUGGUUACCAGACCACGGCAGAGAAACGCUCUGGGGGACAUUGGAAACUGCAUGAGGGCUAAAACUGCUGCAAAGAAGGAAAUCAAGGCUGUGAAAAGCAAUGUUACAGAAAAGGCUGUCAAACCUGUGCCAGUCACUGAAGUUCCCAAGGAAAACAUGGAGGCCUCUCUCAGUCCUAUGGAAACAUCGAGUGCCUCUCUCACAGAGGAAAAGAGCCUGGCCUUCUCAGAAGCACUGCUCGAGAUAAAGGAUGUGGAUGAAGAGGAUUCAGACAACCCCAUGCUGUGCAGUGACUAUGUGAAGGAUAUCUACUGUUAUCUGAUGGAUCUAGAGGCUGUACAUGCAAUAAAAGUGAACUAUCUUCAGGGUCAAGAAGUCAAUGGUAACAUGAGGGCUAUCCUAGUUGACUGGCUAGUGCAGGUCCACCAGCGCUUCAGGCUGCUGCAGGAGACUAUGUUUAUGACUGUUUCUAUUCUGGACCGCUUUCUGCAGGAAAAUCCUGUGCCAAAGAAGCUCUUGCAGCUGGCUGGAGUGACUGCAAUGUUCAUUGCAUGCAAGUAUGAAGAAAUCUACUGCCCAACAAUUGGUGACUUUUCAUUUGUGACUGAUCACACUUACACAAAGGCCCAGAUAAGAAACAUGGAAAUGCAGAUCCUAACCGUGCUCAAAUUUGAUAUUGGAAGACCCCUACCUCUGCACUUCUUGAGGAGAGCAUCAAAGAUUGGAGAGGUGGAUGCAUCUCUGCACACUCUAGCUAAGUAUCUGAUGGAACUGGCCAUGCUAGACUACGACAUGGCUCACUUUCCACCAUCACAAGUAGCGGCUGCAGCUUUCUGUCUAUCCCAGAAGGUUCUUGAUGGUGGUGAAUGGACUCCAACUCUCCAGCACUACAUGGUCUACACAGAAAGUUCUCUAGUUGUGGUUAUGCAACACCUAGCCAAGAAUGUCUUGAAAAUCAAUAGAGGCCUUACAAAGUUCAUGUCUGUCAGAGACAAAUACGCCAGGAGUCAGCAGAUGAGGAUCAGCUGUCUGCCCCAACUGAACUCGGAGCUCAUGGUUAAAUUGGCCAAGAAUGUGUCAUAGUUGUAAUACACUAUCAUGCUGUACACUAAUGCUCUCUGCACUAUCAAUGCUCUU